AUGUCGAAACACAUCGCACUCCCCGCCCUGACCGCCUCGAUUCCGGCAUUCUACCACUUCCUCGCACCCAAACCCGAAACCGUCCAAGGCCUGUUCCUCCCUGUCGGCUACGGUUAUGUUGUAUCAUGCGUCGUUUCAGCUAUCUGGGUAACCUUCUUGAUGGGUGUGAAGGUCGGAAGUGCACGUAAAGCCGCUCAGAUUCCUUAUCCCUACGUCUACGCUGAAAAGGCAGUGGCGGAAAAGAACAGAGAUGCUCAUCUGUUCAACUGCGCCCAGCGAGUGCACCAGAACACACUCGAAUAUCUCGCCUCGUUCGUCUUCCUCACCCUCCUCAACGGUCUCUUUUUCCCUCGUAUCACCGCUUCUAUCUCGGCGACAUGGGUUGUCUCCAGGAUUCCUUAUGCGAUCGGUUACUACUCGGGCACUCCAAGCAACAGAGCUUUCGGUGCGAUUAUAAGCGGGUUGAGCUUCCUUGGUCUCUUGAUCGUAGCGACGUAUGCUUGCUUCACAGUUUUGGGCGCUGCUAACUUCGAGAUCUAA